AUGACAGAGACCAGCCAAGCUCAGCUUUCUGAAAAGGACGUCGAAGAGGUCGGAAAGAGAUAUUUCCUUCCUCGAAGCGUGGAAGAAGCAGAGCGAAUGCAAAAUCAACAUGAAUGGGUGAAAGGAGGCGCCAAUGGGUUGGUCCUGCCACCGAUUGAUUUGAGCCGAUCAGGAAUGCGGGUUCUCGACGCCGCUACUGCAGACGGCUAUUGGAUGAAGGAUGCCAAGAGUAUAUUCCCCAAGGAUACAGAGUUUGUGGGCUUUGACAACGCGCCCGAAGGAUACCCGCCACUUGAUUGCAACCCGCCGCUUCAAAUCGUGAAGCAAAACCUAGUCGAAGAAUUCCCUGCGGCGUGGAAAGACGGUUUUGAUUUUGUGCACCAACGGUUCGUCAUUCCGUUGUUCAAGACGGAGGAAGUUCCUUUGGUACUCCGCAACCUGAUAGGUUGUAUGAAGCCGGGAGGUUGGAUCCAACUCGUUGAGAUGGACUUCCAGACUCCAGUCUCUAAGCCUAUCGAGUCAUGUCCGGCGGUCCAAGCAUUUCAUAAGUUGACUAGCGCCGUGGUCUCAGACCCGCUCGCUUCCACAAAGCUGGCAGACCGAUUGAAGGAUGAAGGUCUCGUCAAUGUGGGAUACAAGGCAAUUCCCAUGGUUGCUGGCUCGUCUCACCCCAAUGCCGAGCUGGGAGAGCGAGGAAAGCGAAACAUGUUGUCGAUCCUUGGAUUCUUCCAAUCGGUAGCUAAGCCUGAGAUGAUUGGUAUGACGGAAGAAGAGUGGAAAAACCUUCCGGAGCAGUUUACCGAAGAGAUGAAGAACCAUGAGGUUGCCCUCUGUGUGUACUUUGUUUGGGGCCAAAAAGCCGGAGGCAAAUAA